CGACAGUUUGCGAGAGUUUUUUGUUGUGUGCUGGUCGCGCGAAACUAACGUAUGAACAAACUGAGGACAAGUUUUGGUAUCUAUAAACUCUGUUGUGUGCUGUCAAGAAGCAAUGUGAUUUUACAAAUACAUUAGACACAUAAAAAAGACGCAGUUGAGGAGGAAACGACUCCAAAAACAGUCUACCGAACCUCGCGACUUGCCGUAGAUGGCUGUCAUCAUUACCACAUCGUCCUGUCCCGUUUGUAGCAAACACGUAACGCUAGCUAGCUAGCCUUUGUUUCUAUGUUAAUGUAAUCGGUUCGCACAUUAUACAUUUGGAAGUAGGUUAGCCUUUCUGAAAAUUACUAUCGUGUUUUUAAUAUAAUGUAAUACGAUGUGUGGGAUAGGCUCCGCCCAUCCGAAGAGGUAAACAAAGUAUAUCUUUGUCACCUAACGCGAUCAAGCUGCUACACAGCAGCCAUCGUCACCCAACUCAAGUUGUCGCAUGUACAUGGAAAUAACAAUCAUUUCGCUAUGAAUUGCCGCUCAGAGGUUCUUGAAGUAACGGUGGAGGCGAGGCAGGUGGAAGAAGCGAUGCUGGCUUUGCUGCACACCAUUUUACUGCAUCGCAGCUCCGGGAAAUUUCACUACAAAAAGGAGGGCACCUACUCCAUAGGUACCGUGGGCACACUGGACUUCGACUGCGACUUCAUCGAUUUCACGUUCGUCAGGGUGUCCUCCGAGGAGCUGGACAGAGUGAUCCGGAAAGCUGUGUCUGAAUUCAAGGAUGCGUUGAGCAACUCCGGCAGCGAUGGCAUGGGGCAAAUCUCCCUGGAGUUCUACCAGAAGAAGAAGUCUCGCUGGCCCUUUUCUGACGAGUGCAUUCCCUGGGAAGUGUGGAGCAUCAAGGUCAACGUUGUCAACCUGGCCAAUGAGCAGGAGAGACAGAUCUGCAGGGAGAAAGUGGGCGAGAAGCUGGGCGAGAAGGUGAUCAACGUCGUCGAGGUCAUAAACCGCCACGAGUACCUGCCAAAGAUGCCCACCCAGUCCGAAGUGGACAAUGUAUUCGACACCAGUCUCAAAGAUGUCCAGCCCUACCUUUACAAAAUCACAUUCCAGAUCACAGACUCUCUGGGCACCUCUGUAAGCACGACAAUGAGAAGGCUGAUCAAAGACACCCUGGCACUGUGAGGAUUUGCUCCAAGACAGAGAGCAGAAAGAUCUGGACGAUUUAAUCCAUAACUGUAUUUAUAGUGAUGCUUUACAACUCUUUUUUUAAUGUUCAGAAACACAAAUUUGACAGCUGUACUUCUGCUACAACGAAGCAGUGUCAGUGUAAGCGCCUAAUCAGUAAGUUAGUUUGAUGUCUCUGCUGUGGUUUCGGUAUUGCUUGUACCUUUUAAGAAUCUUGAUUAUAUAAUGCUGAUUUAAAACACAUUUUGUUUUUGCAAGCUUUCUCAAAAUGUCUUUCACCGUCUAGGAAUGUAACUUCAACCCAGUAGCAAAUAACACAAUAUAUCAGUUCAAUUCUUUCAUUGUGUGCUGAUAAUGUCAAAUCUGUAAGUUAUUGUUCAUCUUUGACAAUAAAUGUUCAUUGUAACUGGUGGUA